ACUGCGCACUUCCAUCCGGGGGAAAUACUCUCACACAUUGCCUAACGACAUCAAGCACCAUGAGCUUCGCCCUCCGUCCCACGGCGCGCCUCCUGGCUACGCCCGCGUCCAUCGGCUCCAAGUCCAGCCUCACCGAGGCGCUCGCCCUCCUGCCGCCGAUCCCGCUCUACCGCCGCAUUCUCCGCGUGCACCGCAAGAAGCUGGAGCCGGAGAUGCGGCUGCUGGGGGACUCGUAUGUGAAGAGCGAGUUCCGCGCGCACCGGAGCGUGGAGAACCCGCUGCACAUUAUCGGCUUCUUGACGGAGUGGCAACUGUAUGUGCAGAAGCUGGAGGGCGAUGCCUGGAUCGGGGAGAAGCUGGAUAAGAGCAAGUUGGAUAAGAUGAGUGAUCAGCAGAUUGGCCAGCUGUAUGAGCUGAUGCAGGCUAUCAAGAUCCAGGAGGGGGAGGGCGAGGGUGACGGUGAGAAGCAAUAGAUUUGAGUUGUAAAAGGUCUUGUUCUGUGUUGUAUGAUAGCUAAGAAUCAGUAUGUCCGGUCGAGAGCUGUAUGUUAUGUAUAUAGAGCCAUGGAAUGUUGAAAC